ACACACCAAUUAACGAUAGAAAGGAAAGGGAGGGAAGAGACGCGAGUAUCUAUCUCCCAAACCCUAACAUGGACGAGAGAGACAAAUCCGAUAGGCGAAACAGAGAUCGACACUCCGAACGUGACCGCGACCGUAGCCAUCAUCGGAGCCGCCACGAUUCCGAUGACCCCCGCCAUCAUCGAUCUGACCGGAAUCACAGAGAAGACCGAGAAGGAAGCAGAGAUAGGGAUAGGGUAUACGAUAUAGACGAAAGAGAGGGUAGCAAAGGUAGGUCUAAAUCGAAGCGCGAUGAAGAGAGGGAAGAUUCAUUGGAGCGAUACUCCUCGCAUAAGAGGAAAGACAGAGAACAUAGCGAGGAUCGGGAAUUGGACGAUAAGAGAAUUAGGGUUUCUGAAGCGAAGAAGGAACGUAGGAGAUUUGGGGAUAAAGUGAAGAAAGAAGACGAUUAUUAUGAUAAUGAGGCUAGGGUUAAGGAGGAAGUUACUAAUGGUGAUUCCAAAGACAGCAUUGAUUCACUGCAUAACGGCGUUGCCGUGGGAUCACCUGCUGUGGUGCCUGCUAGUGUGGCCGUGACAUCUUUGGCCCCUCCUCCUUCCUUUCCUAUCAAGGUAUCUUCGAUUACUACCACAAAUGAAAAUAAGGGCGUUAGUAAUAACAGGUCUCAUGAGGAUUCUGGAAAAUCUAGUACAGAUGGGUCAUCUACAACUGCUGGAAAACUUGGAAGCCUCUCUAGUAGUGAUGCCUUAGCAAAGGCUAAGAAGGCUUUACAAAUGCAGAAAUUGUUGUCAGCGAAGCUGAAGAAAAUUCCUCAGUUAAAUAAGAGUUCUACCUCAAAUUCAGAAGAAAGCACACAGUUUGGUAACAAGACCGAAUCUACAGCGCCCUCUCUUAGUGCUGGAAUGGCAUCAAGACCUGCCACCUCAGCUUCUGCAGGGCCUGUUGCAAAUAUGUCAAUUUUUCCUGCUGCUGCUGUAAAUCCUCCAGCCAGUGGCACUGGUGCUCCUGGUGUUGCAACUGCAACAAACUUUGAAGCUGUCAGACGUGCUCAGGAGCUUGCUGCCAGGAUGGGAUUCCGCCAUGAUCCACAAUUUGCUCCUCUAAUAAAUAUGUUUCCUGGCCAGAUUGCUACACCAGACGUUACUAUCCCUCAGAAACCAACCAAGGCUCCUGUUCUUCGUCUUGAUGCCCAGGGACGUGAAAUAGAUGAACAUGGAAAUGUUGUUAAUGUGACUAAGCCAAGCAACCUUAGCACAUUAAAGGUCAACAUUAAUAAACAGAAGAAAGAUGCAUUUGAAAUACUAAAACCUGUAUUGGAUGUCGAUCCUGAAUCUAAUCCUCAUUUUGAUGAGAGAAUGGGUAUCGACAAAACAAAGCUCCUGCGGCCUAAGAGGAUGAAUUUUCUGUUUGUGGAGGAAGGAAAAUGGUCAAGAGACGCUGAAUCAAUAAAAUUGAAGAGUAAAUUUGGAGAAGCUCAAGCAAAAGAGCAGAAGGCCAAACAAGCACAGCUAGCAAAGGCAAAGGCUGCUCCUGAUAUCAAUCCGAACUUAAUAGAAAUUACAGAGAGAGUUGUAAUGAAAGCAAAACUGAAGGACCGUAUUCCAGAUAUUGAGUGGUGGGACGUGGCACUUCUGCAUUCUGGAAAUUAUGGUGACAUUGCCAACGGUACAAUAGACGAAGGCAAUAUAAAAAUGGAAAAAAUCAACUUCUAUGUGGAACAUCCUCGGCCUAUUGAGCCGCCUGCUGAGCCUGCCCCUCCACCACCUCAACCUCUCAAGCUAACUAAACAAGAGCAGAAGAAACUAAGGACCCAAAGGCGUAUAGCUAAGGAGAAAGAGCGACAGGAGAUGAUUAGACAGGGUGUCAUAGAACCGCCAAAACCAAAGGUCAAGAUGAGUAAUUUACAUAAGGUACUAGGGACUGAAGCAACUCAAGAUCCCACCCGGCUUGAAAAGGAAGUACGUAAUGCUGCUGCUGAGCGUGAGCAGGCUCACAUAGAUAGGAAUAUUGCACGCAAGCUUACUCCUGCUGAGCUGCGUGAGAAGAAAGAAAGGAAGCUCUUUGAUGACCCAAAUUCAUUGGACACACUUGUCUCACUUUACAGGGUAAAUGACCUCUCUCAUCCCAAGGCCCGCUUUAGAGUUGAUGUUAAUGCUCAAGAAAAUCGUUUGACUGGAUGUGCUGUGAUUUGUGAUGGUAUUAGCGUUGUUGUGGUUGAAGGUGGAAGCAAGUCAAUUAAGAGGUAUGGGAAACUUAUGCUUAGACGCAUCAAUUGGAGCGAUGUUUCAAAAGAGAAAGAAGAUGAUGAGGAUUCAGACGAUGAAAAGCCUGCGAAUAAAUGUGUUCUGGUGUGGCAAGGAAGUGUUGCCAAAUCGAGCUUCAAUAGGUUCAGUGUUCAUGACUGCAUCACUGAAGCAGCUGCUCGUAAAGUGUUUGUGGAUGCUGGGGUUCCUCAUUAUUGGGACCAAGCUGUCAACUAUACGGAGGACGAUGCUGUUUGAAUUGUCUUCUAGUGUUUUUGGUUAACAUAAUUAGGAUGCCUAUCCAGUCUUUUGGUGAGUUAACAGUUAUGCAAUUGCUUCUAGUGGAGUUUUUUGAACAAAAUAAGAAAUGCCAUAGCUGUUGGUGCUCUCCCUUGUUUGCUGUGGUCAAUGAUGCCUACAACAAUGAUAGAUUUGCUAUAUCAUUUAGUGGUGUGAACUUUCUCGCUUCCAAUUAGGAAGUGUGCAUUCAAUAUGCGAAUGGUUGUGUACUUGGUUUAAAAUCUUAGGCCGUCAUGUACUGCAAUGUUUCUGACUAUGUAAACUAUUUUUUUUUUUGUUGAAUACUUUAUUUCUAACACUAUCGUAUCGUGUUUCAUGUGGCCAAUGAUGUUAUAUUGAUCCGGCUUCUGGUAUAUCAAUAUUAUCCUGUGUUGCUGAA